AUGCCGCCCCAUGCACAGCGGCGCUCCCUGAAAAUGCUCCUCACCAUGCCGUGGAGGCGGCCCUCAGAGGGGCACCCUGGGGGCAGAAGCCUUCAACCAACUCUGGCCCCCGCUUCCAAGGCCUCUGCAAGAUGCCCGCCUUCGGGAUCUGGGUGCCUGGUCUUGGCAGCGCCCUCUGCCCUCCAGGGCUGUGCCCGUACUCUACAGGCUGGCAUCCAGAAAACCUGGACCCAGAGCCGGGGCUGGGGCUCAUGGGUGGAGCUGCACUUCAGCAGUAAUGGCGGCGGCCCCGGCGCGGCGGCGCCAGCCUCCAUCUCGGCCUACAACGGUGACAUGGAGAAGAUCCUGCUGGAUGCCCAGCACGAGUCUGGCCGGAGCAGCUCCAAGAGUUCUCACUGCGACAGCCCCCCCCGGUCUCAGACCCCCCAGGACACCGGCAGGAUGUCUGAGGCGGACACGCACAGCAUCGGGGAGAAGAACAGCUCCCAGUCGGAAGAAGAUUACAUGGAGAGGCGGAAGGAAGUCGAGAGCAUCUUGAAGAAGAACUCGGACUGGAUCUGGGACUGGUCCAGCAGGCCCGAAAACAUCCCCCCAAAGGAGUUCCUCUUCAAGCACCCCAAGCGCUCGGCCACGCUCAGCAUGCGGAACACGAGCGUCAUGAAGAAGGGCGGCAUCUUCUCGGCCGAGUUUCUCAAGGUCUUCCUCCCGUCCCUGCUGCUCUCGCACUUCCUCGCCAUCGGCCUGGGGAUCUACAUCGGCAGACGCCUCACCAGCUCCGCCAGCACCUUCUAGGGCUCGCCAGGCCGGCGCCUCGGAGGAAGGCCGUCCGUGCGUCCAUCCCCGGCGGCUCCCGUGACUCACGCCCGUGUCGUGCCCCGGCCCAGAAGGGAGGGGGAGCGGCGCCUCCUUCCCGUCCCCCGCUGGGAUGGAGCAUGUGACCCCGAAGCUCCGUGUACAAAGAACAUUGUAGUGUUGGGGUCACAGACGGCCCCAGCAAGCCCCCCCUCCCCCCUGUGCCCAUUUGCUGUGGCGGAGACUCCCCGCCGUACUGCCGGGCGGGCUUCCUGGCACGUGGGAAAGGGAGGAAGCCCGCCAGGCGGUCCGUUCGCUCGGGACCCUCCACGACGCUGAUGUGUGACGUCUCCCGCCGCCCCCUCCUUUCCCCAGACUUGGGGCCUGGCCUGCCCGCGGCCCUCUGCCCUGCCCCUUGUCUCCCGGAGCGAUGGUGGAGGCUGCGAUGGGGAUGAUUCUUUCUUUGUGGCCAAACCCUUCAGGGGAGCCAACCGGCCUGGGGCCAGUCACCGGAGUUGGGGAGCCCUGGAAGGGGUCAGGCCUGGCCUUCCCUGCUCUCCUCGCGCAGGUCUUUGCUGUGCUGGACACACAAUCUCAGCAUCGGCUGAUUUCGGGGGUUCCUCUCUGCCCCCCGUUUCCCUUGGGCUGGAAUAGAUGCAGCCUUUUCAUUUGAAGGGGGGAUCUCCCGUCCUCCCCUGCCAGAAAAGGGGCCACGUGGGUGGUGGCCUCCUCAGCACGAGAAGGUGGGUGGCUCUCCUGGGCUCGGCUCUCGGGGGCAGCCCAGGCCCCACGGAGGGUUGGUGCAUGGACGCAGCUCGCCUCUUGGAGAUGAAGAAGUUCAUGCAGCAGCUCCCUUUCUCGGUCCGGCCCUCCACCUCCACAGCCACCUGGCCCGCCGUCCAGCCAAGGCGCCCCCGAACACCACCGGCCUCGCAGCUCCUCCUGCCCGACGUUUCUCCUAGCAAAAUAAGAGCAUUUCUGCCAAAGGAACACGUGAACCAAUUGUGGCCAGGGAUGAGACGGUCGGCCCUCUGCAGGGGGGGACAGAUGGGGGGCCCUGCAGACACCUCAGCACUCUGACCCAAGGAGGGGGCCCGGAGCCGGAGUCUGGAAGAGGAGUCCAGAUCUCCCCGUCGACCUUGGCGCCGCCAUCUUGGCUCGGGAGCCCAUCGGCCGUGUCCUCCUCGCCUACACCACACCAGAGGGCCGAUGCUCCUCGGCCUCCUGAGCUCCCCUCACCCCCAGAAGCCCCCAGACGGGGUUGUGAAGGCUGACGGCCCCUGAUCCCAUCCUGGUCCCUCCCUCUCCCCGGUAGCCCCAACCCUUCAGCCUCUUCCCAUCCUGCCAAGCCUCACUGCCUCUGCCCAGGCUACGCUGCCAGUCUUCGCCACCCUGACCUGCGGGUGAAGCUGUUCAUCUUCCCUCCGGGCCCUCUCUGGGCUCCUGAUCUUGUCCAGGAUUUUGCCCUGCUAAGCCCCAGCCUUGGGUCAUUCCUAUUCCUGUGCCGUUGAAUGAAAGUCAUGCCAUUGGGCUGCGUGGCACAGUAAUGGGCACUUUGGGAGCGCCCCAAAGCCGUGCCCGCCCCCGAGGAGCCCACAGUCUAAUAGGAGACACAAACAGCCGUGCCAACACGUAGUGCGUGAAAGCGCAGACCGCCAGGCGGCAUCUGAAUGGGUGUCAGAAAACCGCCAUCAAGCGUUGUUUCUGCGAGUCGCUGGAAGGAAACGAGAACCAAUCAGAAGCCAAGAAUGUCGUCCCAACUUCUUCGACCCAGGGAGGGCCCGGCGGAAGGGGAGGGGAUCCGCCUGAAAGAAGCCCCAAAGGAAGGCUCGGAUGCGCUCUGGGCAAGCUCCGGAGUUCGGAUCAAAGAGAAAAUGCGCCCCCUAAAGGAGAGAAGCCCUCGGAAUGCAGCCCUCCGAAGGCCUGCACCGAGAAUGAGCGCUCAGAAAAGCGCACGCGCUCCACAGAUGUUCACCGGCUGGGCCUUUCGGCCUUCUUGGACGAGAUCAGAAUCCUGUGGAAAUGGGGAAGUUCCAACCCAGGAGUUCAGGAAGACAUAACGAGGUGAUCACGGAUAAAUGGAUGGGAGCCUCGGGCAUGGCCCUGGGCCAGUCACCCCCUCGCCCAGCCCUUGCUGCGGAGAUGCUAAACGAAGUGGGGCCCAGGAGUGUGGUGGCUUCCUGUUGAGGUCUGAGGCUUUCUAAGGGACCUGGGAGGCCCCGCGUGAACCGAUGGAGAUCCCCGGAAGCGAGGAGGAGGAGGAACAACUCCAUGACCGUCACGUGACCGCCAGGGCAGCGCGAGAGGCAGAUCCACGGGACACUUAGAUAGGGCCGAUGCGCAGGCGGGUUUUGCUUUGCUGUACAUAUCUGUAACGAUGACUCUUCCUUUUGUUCUCAAUGGGGGGCGGGGGGGGGGAGGAAGAUUUUUGCUGAUUGAAAAACUAAAAAUAAAAAGUUCAAAAGAGCUUAAGGUCAUCUCAGCCGGGCCUUCACUGC